AUGGGCGCGCUGCGCCGACCGACAGAGAGCUCCAAGGCGGCGGUGGCGACCACCACCAAGUCCUUGUCGGCUGUGUCGCUCACCAAGAAGACGAAUGCGUUGGUUUCGGAUGUUGAAGAGCUCAAGAACAACCUCGAGAUCCAAAGCCGAGAGGUGACCCAACGAGAUGAGACCUUGCAGGAACUCGUUGGCAAGGUCGACAUGCUGCACGACGCCUUCAACUCCCUGUCUGAUGUCUUCACGUGUGAAGUUGAGGAGUUGCAGAAGCAGUUUGUUGCUACGACAUCUCAGCUACAAGACCGAGUGGCCAAGUUGGAAGGCUCGAUCAGACUGCUAGAGUCACAGGUGCCACGAAUGGAUGGAAAGCGUCGGCAGCUGCAGGAAACAUCAGAGCGACGCUUCCUCAACGUUCAAGAGACGUGUUCCAAGCUCGAGUUGGCCUUGUACGAGUCUCAAGCCGAGCUAGCGCUCCUGAAAAACUCGUCCGAAGACCUCAUGACACGCGAACGCGAGGCUGCACAUUUGCAAAAGUCGCUGCAAAUAUCCCAGGAAGAUGCCACAGAAGCUCUAAAACGGCUGAAGGAAGAGAACAGUCAGCUCCAAGUCGAGCUGUUUGCGCUUAAAGAACAGACGAAUGGAGCCACGACUACUGUCGCAAGCGACGUGCAGGUGUUGGCAAAAGAAUACUCGGCGCUUCGUAGUGCAGUCUCUAAGCAACAGUCCCAGUGGCUGGGGAAGCUCAAUGCUCUGCAAGAAGCUAUCGAUCGACAGGGGAAAAUGGACAAAACUCAACUUACUCAACGCGUAGACGCGCUCUCCGACGCUGUAGCAUCCCAAGAGCAUCGCACGAAAGACGCCGUCGACAACCUACUGAAAAACCACGCUCGAAUUCGUUGCGCGGUCGACGAGGGCAUGACGAUCUGUUCCCGAGAGAUCCGAGCUCUGAGCAACGAAGUCAAAGCUGUGCAAGUAGACCAACAAGAGAAACUCGACCAGGCGGUUCAGCAAAUGGCAACGAAUUCCAUUGAAUGCGGCCAACGGCACGGCGAGCUGCACCUCUCGCUUCGCUCCAUAGCUCACCGACUCAAAGUCUCGCUUUAG